AUGAGUACACGCGUUACUAGAGCUGAGGCCCGCAGGAGGAUGGCUGCCGAGGACUUGGCAGGAUCCGGACCGGGGCAAGGACGGUCGGAGGACAGGCCUGUCGUCCGGCCCCCCCGAACCCCGCGACGGACCCCAAGGAACCGACGACGGUCGGAGGCGUCAUCGCCGGAGCCCACCGUCAGCUCCGACAGUGACGUGGUGAUGGUGGACGAUCCGACGGUGGAGGCCAGGACGUGGCGGCUGCGGAAUGCCGCGGGGCCCAAGGGGAGUAUUCCCCAUGGCUCGGAAAGCAGGGUCCACCAGGACUCUGCCGACGACGACCAUGCGGCCGAGGCCCGCAGAACAGCGGCCAUAAUAGCGGAGUACCGCCGCCGGCAUGAGCGGAGGCAGCAAGAGGCUGCGCUCAAGGAGGCCCGCCAGCGUGAAGAGCAGGACGCUCGGGCAAAAUGGGAAGCGGCGCUGAGAACUGCCGAAGAGGAGGAGCGCCGGAUAUGGGGCGACCCAAUCCUCCUCGAGGAAGUACCGCCCCAGGCGGAGGGGACGCCCGAGGUUCCCAUGACCCCGAGGUACGUCGCGGAGCCAAGGGAAAGUGCAGCGGACCCAGCGGAGGAGGAAUACAAGCCCCCGUCCCCACCCCCAUGGACGCCGGCACGCCCACCUACCCCGAGGUAUUGCCCCUAG